GUCACUUCUUCCCUUCCCUUCCCCCGUACUCCUUGCCAUCUUUCCUACCCCCAUUGCCACCAUCUCCUUAGAUACUACGCUCUCUGGCUUUGACGGUCUUUUACAAUCCGUCUUAAGCUAGGGUUAACUUUUUCGCCCCUAUAAAAAGCAGAGCGAGCGACCGAGAGAAAAGCUAAAACAAAACACAAACUUUCUCAUCUCUCUGAUAAACCGGUCAACGAUCGCUUCUCAACUUAUGAAUCCUUAAUCCUCAAAGAACGUCGUCAAAUCAUCAUGUCUUUCGGUGGCUUCGGAGGAUUUGGACAAAACACCCAGCAGAGCUCUGGCUUCGGCGCCGGCUCUGGCUUUGGUGGUACAACUUCUGGAGGAGGCUUUGGAUCAAAUACACAAACCCAACAGAACUCGCUAUUCGGCAGCCAAAAUCGCACUGGCGGUUUUGGCACUGGUACAACAUCUGGUGGUAGUCUCUUCGGCGGCGGAACUUCCACCACAGGCGGUACUGGAUUUGGUGGCUUCGGUUCGACAGGAACUACGGGAACCACUGGAGGCUUUGGAAGCACCGGAACAACUGGUGCCUGCUGGCGGCUUUGGCACCACCACCACCACCACCACCCCGGUACUACUGGUGGCUUCGGAACAGGAGGCGGUUUCGGAGGCGCUGCUGGCUUUGGCGUGCCUCCCAGUGAAGGAACCGGUAGCACUCCAUUCAGCCCCUUCACGGAGAAGGAUAGCAGUUCCAACCAACCAUACAGCAAAUAUUCCUUCGAGGAGCUGCGAUUGGGUGACUAUAACCAGGGUCGCAGGUUCGGAAACGGAAGCGGACAGGCCGGGGCUUUUGGAACCUCAGCCUUCGGUGGAUCCGGUUUUGGAGCGCAACCGUCCACUGGAUUUGGCAGUACGUCUUCGCCAUUUGGCGCCGGCACCAGCGCGCCCUCGGCAUUUGGCACGACCCAGACUACUGGCGGAUUUGGCUCUACCUCCACUAACCCUCUGUUUGGAGCCGCCAAACCAGCAACCUCCCUCUUCGGAGGAGGAACCUCCACAACGUCUCAGCCCAGCCUGUUCGGCGGUACCACUGCCACGACUGGCGGCUUUGGUUCAACGCCAACUGGAACAACUGGAUUUGGAACGGGAACAGGAGCGGGAGGCUCGUUAUUCGGUGGCAACACUCAACAGCAAGCUAAGCCUUUGUUCGGCGGAGGUACUGGUACUGGCACCGCUACAACUGGUACAGGCACGGGGUUCGGCGGAUUCGGUACGCAGAAUACCAGCACGGCCAGUCCGUUCGGUGGUACUGCCGCGACCUCCUCUCCAUUUGGCGGUCAGCAGCAGACUGGCGGUACGGGCGCGUUUGGUGGGUUCGGUCAGCAGAACCAGGCUCAGAACCAGACGCAGAACAAGGGAUUAUUUGGCGGUUUCGGCGCGACCACCCAACAGCAGCAGCCUUCUGGCACCGGCCUCUUUGGUGGCGGUACAACUGGUACCACGGGCACUUCCCUUUUCGGUCAGAACGCUCAACAGCCUCAGCAGCAGACCACAGGUGGUGGACUUUUCGGGGGUAAUACUCAGCAAACUGGAACAAGUUCUCUUUUCGGUGGAAAUCAGCAGCAGGGCCAAAAGAGUCUGUUUGGCGGGGGAACGACUGGCACUGGUACAGGCACUAGCGCAUUCGGAGGUUUUGGAGGGACCCAGAAUCAACAGACAGGUACAGGCGGUCUGUUUGGUGGUGGCCAAGCUCAGCAGCAACAGAAGCCCAGCCUCUUCGGCGGCAGCACUGGUACCGGUAGCUCUCUGUUCGGGGGCCAAGGUACAACUGCCCAGACCGCGGGUUCUUCGCUCUUCGGCAACACUCAGGGCCAACAACAACAAACUGGCCUCGGCACCAGUAGCCUCUUCGGUACAACCCAACAGGCACAACCACUGCAACAGCACCAGGCACAGCAGCCUGUUCCUGGAAGUCUGCAGGCUUCUUUGCUCGAUGGCAAUCCGUAUGGCAAUCAGUCCAUCUUCUCUGGCUUGCCUGCUCCUAGUGCUCCAAGCCCUGGCCCCCUGGCCACACCGCUCUCUUCGUCGAUCAAGCAAAAACAGCGCACUCCACUGCCCGUCUACAAGAUUACGCCAACUGCGGCGAAUCGUCUUAUCACACCCCCAAAGCGCCAGGGAUACGGAUUUUCCUACUCCACUUACGGAUCACCCUCCAGCACUACUAGCACCCCUACUGGCUUGGGAAGCAGUCUCUUAGGCGGCAGCCUUCGUGGAAGUGUUGGUGGCAGCCUUGGACGGGGUAGCUUUAGCAAGAGCUUUUCGACAAGCAACCUGCGCAAGACCUUCGACCCAGAGACUGACAGUGUCUUUGGAAGCCUGAAGCGCUUGACCAUCGAUCGCUCCUUGCGCAACGACCUGUUCGCACGUCCCGCAAGCACUCCCGCUGCUCCUAUCACUAAUGGCGAGGAUGCUACUCAGACGACCGACAAAAUGAAGAAGCGGGUGAGCUUCGAUGCUUCAUCUUCAAAGGCUCCUGGCGCCACAACUGGUGGAGAAAUCGUUCCGGUUGCAUCUGAGAGCCCAGAACCUACCCCGGAGGAGCUUGGAUUCCUGCGCUCAAUUCGCAAGCCUGGAAGCGUCAACGGAAUCAACGGCGUAAAGGCGUCCGCUGACAUGGUUGCCCGUCCGGAGAUGGAAUCUGUUCGUAGCAAAGAUCUUCCCUCUGUUCCAGAAGACUCUGAGCAUGCUGCCAUCACCGACAGCUCCAACAGACUUCCCUUCGUUCCUGGCAGUGACCCCAAACCUGGCGAGUACUGGAUGAAGCCCUCCCGUGCCGAGCUCAGUAAGAUGAGCCGUGAAGACCUCAAGCAUGUUGUUGGCUUCACUGUCGGCCGUCAACGUUGUGGUCAGGUAACUUUCGAUGAGCCUGUCGAUCUGACGACCAUCGAUCUGGACCAGAUUUUCGGCGGGCUUGUGGAAAUCGGCGUGCGUAAGAUCACGGUGUACCCCGAUGAAGCAAUCAAGCCUCCGAUGGGCAAGGGUCUGAACGUGCCAUCCAUUCUACGGAUAGAAAACUCGUGGCCGAGAGGCAGGGACAAGAAGUCACCUUCACCCCUUACAAGUGGGCCCCUUUUCGAGAAACACGUCGACCGCCUGAGAAAGGUGCACAAUACUGAGUUUAUCGACUACGAGACGGAGACGGGAACAUGGAUCUUCAAGGUCCCCCACUUCACCACCUAUGGCCUUGAUUAUGAUAGCGAUGAUGAAGGUGAGAGCCUCAACCAAAGCACUUUGAGUGCUGCUCCUGACACUCCGACUCCGAAGGCCCAGACUCCCGCCAAUCUCGCGAACACUGUGGGCUCGGAGCCAACCUCCACAUACACAACUGACGACUCCUUUGUUGGAUCUGUGGCCGGGGUCGAGGACGACACUUUCGAUUUCAAGAAGCGCAAGAUGGUUCCGGGGCCUUUGGACGAGGCUUCUGUGGACGAGGAUGAGUCUUUUUUAGGGGACGGCUCCACGGGUUCAACUACUGAGCAGGAUGGCGACGAUGUCACCGAGAGCCAGCAGUCUGGCGAAUCAGAUGUUGAAUUCGAUGAAGGUGAGGAAAUGGAUAUGGCGGGCACCUUUCCCAACCUUGAUCAUACCGUGGAGCACGACGAUGCCAACAGUACCGACAGCUACCUUGACAACACCCAACCCUCGUUGAGACCUUGGGAAACUCCCUCGAAGGCGCGUCUGAAUCUUAGCGGCGACUGGGCCGAACAGCUGCAGCGGACGAUUAGUCCAAGGAAGCAAAACCGGGAUGCACUACGCGAAAUACAAGCAAACGCCUUUACAGACCGACCUCUUCACGACGACACGCCGAAGAAAUCUGUUACCGACAACCGACAGAAAGGAUUCGCGACGAGCAUCGAUCUGAUGAAUUCUUUGUUCCAGCAGCCGCGUAAGCAGCAGGGGCAAUCUCCUCUGAAGGCGCAGCCGGCACAGCCGAAAGGUUUUGAGUGGCCUUAUAACAAGCAACCCAAAACCUUUGCCGGCGAAUCGAAUGAAUUAAACGAGGACGACCUGGCCUUUCACCACUCCUUCAAGCCGCGCUGGGGCCCAAUGGAUUCAAUUAUUUGCGCCAGGAACGACAUGGCAGAAGUUUCUCCUCAGACAGGUACCCGUUGGGAGGAAAAUUUUUCUGUCACCAGCGAAGAGAGAGACAUUAAGGUGAUGGUGUUCAAGAAAGACAGCGAGCCCAGCGGGAUGGUUGACGCCCAAAGAAAGCAAUCUCACAUUCAGCGCGUUGAAGGCAUUCCUUUCGCUCGUUUGGCUAAGGCCGAUUUUGGACAGUUCACACAGACAUCGCUGAGCUCCACACAAUCGGACCAGGAAAGACUCAUCUGGCAGCUGGCCAACAUCUUGUUCAACGAUGAGAUUGAAGAUGAUGUCUCUGCUGGGGUGCCGCCUCAACUCCGCCCCAAGUACGUCCAACGCAUCAAGAAGGACCGACUCAGUCGCCUAUGGGAGAGCAUUGUGCGCGAGAGACACGCUCAUGACCUGGAUAAGAUUGAAUCUUCUGAGGAACGAGCUGUCCACCUUUUGUGUUCUCACCGAGUCGAAGAGGCGUGCAAAGUUCUGAUUGCGAGCCAAAAUCUUCAUCUGGCUACACUGGUCUCGCAAAUUGGUCGAGAUGCCACAACUAGAUCAGACAUGGCGAGGCAGAUUGAGAUGUGGCGCCAGCACAACGUCUAUUCCGAGAUGACCGAACCGAUCCGAGCUCUAUACGAGCUUCUCGCUGGCAACUCACUCCGCAGUGACGGCAAGUCCGGUGGCGCCUUGGAGGAUCGUGCAUCUACAUUUUCCUUCACUGAGCGGUUCGGGCUGGACUGGUUCCAAGCAUUCGGUCUUCGUUUGUGGUAUGGUAUUGCCGAUGACGAGCCUAUCGAAAACGCCGUUCUGAAAUUCGCCAAAGAAUUGAGGAGCGGGGACGAUUCUGCCUUUCCUUACCCUGCAUCCCGCCUGGAGGGAGAUGUUAUGUCGCGUGCCGCAUCGGACACUCUGGGUCGGGAAUCUCCUCUCUGGGUCCUACUGAAGGUCUACUCGGGUACUACUGCUGCUACCAAGAGUUCUGAUUUGCCAGCAGUCGAAUUCCCGGCUGCCCUGCUUCCUGAGUCUGUCACGGGUGACAAACUCUCUAACCGGUUACCGUUCCAGCUGUAUCAGCUACUCACGGCCGCUGUCGGACAACACGACAGUUUCAAGAUCAACGCGUUGAGGGCUGACCAAUUGGUGUGGGAUUACGCUUGGGAGCUUAGUUCUAGUGGGGAGCUUGCGCAAGCACUGUUUGUUCUGCUCCAUCUCUCUCAAGCGUUGGAUCGUGAACGUGCUGUCAAGGAAACGUUGGCGCGCUUCGCAUCCUCCUUACCCGACCCAGUGACUACAGAGGGCGCACCAGAUGCCACCUGGCAGUAUCUCACCACAGAGUUGCAGCUUCCCGAGGCCUGGAUCUGGGGUGCGAAGGCUUUGUUUGCUCGUGAUAGUGGCGAUGCCGCCCGAGAGGUGGAUUGUCUCAUCCGUGGUAAAAACUGGAAUGAUGCGCACUCCACUUUCUGCCGCGUCGUGGGACCAACUGCGGUGAUUGAACGGGACUACGCCACUCUGGAGGCAUUGAUUUCGGGCUUUGGCGAAGGACCAGAACGCAAGGUCCAAGGCUGGGCGAGCGGCGGUGGAAUCUACGACGAUUUCCUGCGUCUUGUCACUGCCAAGAAUGGAAAGCGUGAUCCUAGUCGGCUGAGCCGCUUAGUUAAUGCGCUUGUAACGAUGGGUGAGACGAUUGACAAGGGGUCUGGAGUGGAAGGGUUGGAGGCUAGAGUCGCCUUCAAGGAAAUGAGCCGAGCCGUAGCCGGUUGGACUACACGCGAGGACGUCAGCGCAAUCGAGUUGCCCUCUGUGCUGAACCUACCUCUGACUGGCGAUGCGCGCAUCAUGCAAACAGCAGAGAUGAGUCGGAGGUACUACAAUACUAUCAUGGCUGGAGGUUAUUGAAGAGGGAAAAAAGCAAGGAGGUCGUUUGUAUUAUGAAAGAUAUGUGUGCAUUUGUGGCCAUUGAGGUGACCUUUGAUGACAUUUACUUUGGUUCUUCCUCACUCACUCUCGCUUUCUUGGAUGUGCCAGUUGUUGCUACGGCAGCUCUGCCUGCAAGUGGGUUCUCUACGCUACUACUUGGAUUCGAAAGACAGCAUGCAGCGUGCCAUCCAGAAAGGGAACCGAGUCAGUUUUACGAAGUCGUGUUUUCUUCCUACUCUUUUGCGUGUAUCUCACUACCCUGUUUUACUGUUAGAUCUAAUCAAGCAUGGUGUUUCUAGUGUGUCUCUAGU